UAAAGAAUGAGUUAUAUUCACAAAAGUUUUUUGCUUACAAUUAGGACAAGGCUGUUGUGGUAGUGCGAGUCCAUGAGUAUGUGGUACAUUUUGUCCAAAACUUAGGUGGUAGGCUAUGAUGGAUAUAUGAUGAGUUAUAUUUAAAAGUUUUUUGCUUACAAUUAGGACAAGGCUUGUGUGGUAGUGUGAGUUCAUGAGUAUGUGGUACAUUUUGUCCAAAGCUUAGGUGGUAGGCUAUGGUGGAUAUAGAAUGAGUAAUAUUUUUAAGGAUUAUGCUAACAAUUAGGACAAGGCUUAUGUGGUAGCGUGAGUCCAUGAGUAUGUGGUAAACUGUCCAAAGCUUAGGUGGUAGGCUAUGAUGGAUAUAGAAUGAGUAAUAUUUUCAAGGUUUUUGGUAACAUUUAGGACAAGGCUUGUGUGGUAGUGUGAGUUCAUGAGUAUGUGGUACAUUUUGUCCAAUACUUAGGUGGUAGGCUAUGUUGGAUAUAGAGUGAGUGGUAGUGCGAGUCCAUGAGUAUGUGGUACAUUUUGUCCAAUACUUAGGUGGUAGGCUAUGAUGGAUAAAGAAUGAGUUAUAUUCACAAAAGUUUUUUGCUUACAAUUAGGACAAGGCUUGUGUGGUAGUGUGAGUCCAUGAGUAUGUGGUACAUUUUGUCCAAAACUUAGGUGGUAGGCUAUGAUGGAUAUAGAAUGAGUUAUAUUUAAAAGUUUUUUGGUAAACAUUUAGGACAAGGCUUGUGUGGUAGUGCGAGUCCAUGAGUAUGUGGUACAUUUUGUGCAAUACUUAGGUGGUAGGUUAUGAUGGAUAUGGAAUGAGUGGUAGUGCGAGUCCAUGAGUAUGUGGUACAUUUUGUCCAAUACUUAGGUGGUAGGCUAUGAUGGAUAUAGAAUGAGUUAUAUUUAAAAGUUUUUUGGUAAACAUUUAGGACAAGGCUUGUGUGGUAGUGCGAGUCCAUGAGUAUGUGGUACAUUUUGUGCAAUACUUAGGUGGUAGGUUAUGAUGGAUAUGGAAUGAGUAAUAUUCAAAAGGUUUUUGGUAUCAUUUAGGACAAGGCUUAUGUGGUAGUGCGAGUCCAUGAGUAUGUGGUACAUUUUGUGCAAUACUUAGGUGGUAGGUUAUGAUGGAUAUGGAAUGAGUGGUAGUGCGAGUCCAUGAGUAUGUGGUACAUUUUGUCCAAUACUUAGGUGGUAGGCUAUGAUGGAUAUAGAAUGAGUUAUAUUUAAAAGUUUUUUGGUAAACAUUUAGGACAAGGCUUGUGUGGUAGUGCGAGUCCAUGAGUAUGUGGUACAUUUUGUGCAAUACUUAGGUGGUAGGUUAUGAUGGAUAUGGAAUGAGUAAUAUUCAAAAGGUUUUUGGUAUCAUUUAGGACAAGGCUUAUGUGGUAGUGCGAGUCCAUGAGUAUGUGGUACAUUUUGUCCAAUACUUAGGUGGUAGGCUAUGAUGGAUAUAGAAUGAGUAAUAUUUUCAAGGUUUUUGGUAACAUUUAGGACAAGGCUUGUGUGGUAGUGUGAGUUCAUGAGUAUGUGGUACAUUUUGUCCAAUACUUAGGUGGUAGGCUAUGAUGGAUAAAGAAUGAGUUAUAUUCACAAAAGUUUUUUGCUUACAAUUAGGACAAGGCUGUUGUGGUAGUGCGAGUCCAUGAGUAUGUGGUACAUUUUGUGCAAUACUUAGGUGGUAGGUUAUGAUGGAUAUGGAAUGAGUAAUAUUCAAAAGGUUUUUGGUAUCAUUUAGGACAAGGCUUAUGUGGUAGUGCGAGUCCAUGAGUAUGUGGUACAUUUUGUCCAAUACUUAGGUGGUAGGUUAUGAUGGAUAUGGAAUGAGUAAUAUUCAAAAGGUUUUUGGUAUCAUUUAGGACAAGGCUUAUGUGGUAGUGCGAGUCCAUGAGUAUGUGGUACAUUUUGUCCAAUACUUAGGUGGUAGGCUCUGAUGGAUAAAGAAUGAGUUAUAUUCACAAAAGUUUUUUGCUUACAAUUAGGACAAGGCUUUUGUGGUAGUGUGAGUUCAUGAGUAUGUGGUACAUUUUGUCUAAUACUUAGGUGGUAGGCUAUGUUGGAUAUAGAAUGAGUUAUAUUCAAAAGUUUUUGCUUACAAUUAGGACAUGGCUUUUGUGGUAGUGUGAGUUCAUGAGUAUGUGGUAUAUUGUCCAAAGCUUAGGUGGUAGGCUAUGAUGAAUAUUAUAAAGAUUGAGAAAUUUAAAGAUUUUUUGCUUCGAAUUAAGUCUAAGUUUUAGUGGUGUUGUAAUUUGUCCAAAGCUUAGUUAGUACUUGCACCACAAUGAAGAAGAUAAACAUUUAAAGCAUAUAAUGUAUCCAUUAAUGAGCUAUAGUCGAAUUAAUGAGAAACAGUUGACCAGUUGACAAAUCAUAAAAAGUGACAUCCUGAAAUCUUAGUUAAGAGGUAAAAUUAAAUAUGAAUGGAUAUUACACUUUUAAACUGAAAUAUUUUGGAUGUGCACUAUGUUUAUGUAUAGUAAUAUGUUCUUAGAUUGAUACAGGGUGUUGAUAACCAUGUUAGUGAUGUUGCUGUUAAGGCUGUUUCAGUUUAUAACAAAGUUACAUGUAUACAGAAGUGUGAAGAAAAAAGCUUUUGUUGUCCAUACAAUACAAUUGUUUGUGUUUUUUUUUAACAGCUGAACUCAGUAUGCCGGGGAAUAGAAAACGGAAAAAAACGCACCGAAGUCCUGCCAAUGACGACAGUACUAGUAGAACUAGUGAGCCAAUCAAAGAGGGAGAUUUUGUCCUAAUGGACAAAAUCUGGCCUGUUAAAGUCAGGAGAAUUGAGUCCAGCUGUGUUACUGUAUACAGCAAAUCUGACAAUGCCUUAAAAGUUGAAGAAAAAACCUGUUAGUUACAGGUUAUGGGAACAAGAUGUGGAAUGGGCUGAAAGAGGUGGUCAAGAUGAUGAUAUGGACACUGAUGAUGAAGAGAUGAACAACUUCAACAUGGUCAGUGACGACAAGGAUCUUGGUAAGGAAAAAGCCGAUGAUAACGUUGUGAGGGACAGCAAUGAUGCCAGUGAAGAGAUUGACAACGACAACAUGGUCAGUGACGGCAAGGAUCUUGGUAAGGAAAAGGACAAUGAUAACGUUUUGAGGUUCAGCAAUGAUGCCAGUGAAGAGAUGGACAACGACAACAUGGUCAGUGACGGCAAGGAUCUUGGUAAGGAAAAGGACAAUGAUAACGUUUUGAGGUUCAGCAAUGAUGCCAGUGAAGAGAUGGACAACGACAACAUGGUCAGUGACGGCAAGGAUCUUGGUAAGGAAAAAGCCAAUGAUAACGUUGUGAGGGACAACAAUGAUGCCAGUGAAGAGAUUGACAACGACAACACGGUCAGUGACGGCAAGGAUCUUGGUAAGGAAAAGGACAAUGAUAACGUUUUGAGGUUCAGCAAUGAUGCCAGUGAAGAGAUGGACAACGACAACAUGGUCAGUGACGGCAAGGAUCUUGGUAAGGAAAAGGACAAUGAUAACGUUUUGAGGUUCAGCAAUGAUGCCAGUGAAGAGAUGGACAACGACAACACGGUCAGUGACGGCAAGGAUCUUGGUAAGGAAAAGGACAAUGAUAACGUUUUGAGGUUCAGCAAUGAUGCCAGUGAAGAGAUGGACAACGACAACAUGGUCAGUGACGGCAAGGAUCUUGGUAAGGAAAAAGCCAAUGAUAACGUUGUGAGGGACAACAAUGAUGCCAGUGAAGAGAUUGACAACGACAACACGGUCAGUGACGGCAAGGAUCUUGGUAAGGAAAAGGACAAUGAUAACGUUUUGAGGUUCAGCAAUGAUGCCAGUGAAGAGAUGGACAACGACAACACGGUCAGUGACGGCAAGGAUCUUGGUAAGGAAAAAGCCAAUGAUAACGUUGUGAGGGACAGCAAUGAUGCCAGUGAAGAGAUUGACAACGACAACAUGGUCAGUGACGGCAAGGAUCUUGAUAAGGAAAAGGACAAUGAUAACGUUUUGAGGUUCAGCAAUGAUGCCAGUGAAGAGAUGGACAACAUGGUCAGUGAGGGCAAGGAUCUUGGUAAGGAAAAAGCCAAUGAUAACGUUGUGAAGGACAGCAAUGAUGCCAGUGAAGAGAUUGACAACGACAACAUGGUCAGUGACGGCAAGGAUCUUGAUAAGGAAAAGGACAAUGAUAACGUUUUGAGGUUCAGCAAUGAUGCCAGUGAAGAGAUUGACAACGACAACAUGGUCAGUGACGGCAAGGAUCUUGAUAAGGAAAAGGACAAUGAUAACGUUUUGAGGUUCAGCAAUGAUGCCAGUGAAGAGAUGGACAACAUGGUCAGUGAGGGCAAGGAUCUUGGUAAGGAAAAAGCCAAUGAUAACGUUGUGAAGGACAGCAAUGAUGCCAGUGAAGAGAUUGACAACGACAACAUGGUCAGUGACGGCAAGGAUCUUGAUAAGGAAAAGGACAAUGAUAACGUUUUGAGGUUCAGCAAUGAUGCCAGUGAAGAGAUGGACAACAUGGUCAGUGAGGGCAAGGAUCUUGGUAAGGAAAAAGCCAAUGAUAACGUUGUGAAGGACAGCAAUGAUGCCAGUGAAGAGAUUGACAACGACCACAUGGUCAGUGACGGCAAGGAUCUUGAUAAGGAAAAGGACAAUGAUAACGUUUUGAGGUUCAGCAAUGAUGCCAGUGAAGAGAUGGACAACGACAACAUGGUCAGUGACGGCAAGGAUCUUGGUAAGGAAAAAGCCAAUGAUAACGUUGUGAGGUACAGCAAUGAUGCCAGUGAAGAGAUGGAAAACGACAACAUGGUCAGUGACAGUGAAGAUGCAGAGUUUGAGGAUAUAGAUAAUUAUGCAGAUAAAGAUUAUGAGGCCAGCAGUGAGGAUGAGGAAGAAGGAAACAAUACUGACAUGGACGACCACAAUACUGACAUGGACAUGAUAGAUAAUGAUUUGGACAUACAAGAUGAGGAUAAAGAGGAGGAAAAUGGUGGCUCCAAAUUAGGGUCUGGUUGUCAGUUUGAAGAGUUAGAUGAGGAUAUCAUUGAAAGAGACCAAACAAGGAGUGGUAUAUAUAUAAGAAAACAGCUGAAAUGUAGCAAAACCAAUACAGGGAAGAAGAAAAAAACAAGCCGCGUGUAUAACAAUUAUCACUGUUGUUUCAUUUGUAAAAAACAUACAACAAAUAUUUUGAAGCAUUUGAGGACUCAUAAAGAAAACAAAGAAACAAAAGAAAUUGUAGACAUGAAGGCAGCAAUUGAUGCAGGAAAUUCAAAAGACAAAACAAUAAUAGAAAUGAAAGAGGCCAUUACCAAAAAACAAGUUCUUUUGCGGUGCAGGGGUGACCAUGAACAUAAUAUGAAUGUAACAGCACAAGGGCAUGGGGAGUUGUUGAUUGCAAGAAAAAAUGGCCAAUUCAAUGUUAAGGACUACGGGCCUUGUCCCCUCUGUUUUGAAUGGAUGAAAAUAAAAUCAUUUUCUAAGAGACACCAGCUUAAUUGCCCUGCAAAGAACAAGGACAUCCUUAAACAAAGCCUAACUAAAGGUGAAGCUAUCACCCAGUCUGCUGUAUUAGUAGGUUUAGUAAGUGAGAAGGCAACAAAAUCUCUCAUAAAAGAAGUUUUCCCAAUCAUGACUAGAGAUGAAAUAACAGAAAUGGCUAAAAAUGAUCCUCUUAUUGUUGCGUUGGGCAACAAUUGGCUUCGUCGAAACCUCGCCAACACUCUGAAACGAAAAUACUACACAUCGAGCAGAAUGAGGGGUGCUGCAAGACUUCUUUGCCAUUUGCACAAUUUGUCCAGAGUAAAAUUACCAAUGAUUGAUUAUAUAACACCGUCGUAUUUUGAUACCAUGUGUGAAGCAGCACUUCUCUGUGCAAAUGUAGAUGCUGACGAUGAAGAGGAUUUAGCAAGCCCAUCUUCAGCACUCAAGAUCGGGUUCGACAUCGGGAGGUUAGCACAUUUGAAACUUGGAAUUACAAUUAGGGAAGGCAACAUAAAGGGCAAAGAAGAUGCUGAGCAGUUUAACUCACUGAUGAAAAUGGAGUGGACCCUAAGAGUAUCGAAAAUUGCACAUUUAAAACUUAAUGCCAUGAAAUUGAGGAAGACAUCCCCAUUGCCUGUACCAGAAGACCUUGCGUCAAUUUCCACUUAUCUCAAAAGUGAAUUGAAAGGGUUGGAUUUAACCCAACGAUCUUCAGUCAAAACCAGCGACAUCUACAAAAGAGCGGUUAUCCUUACUCAGACCCGCCUGUUAACAUACAACAAGAGAAGGUCUGGAGAGCUGGAGGCCUUGAGUAUGGAAAAUUACGACAAUAGGUCUGUUGGGCUUGAUGAAGCAGACGGAGCAUUACUUGGAAACGAACUAACUGACUUAGAGAAACAUCUGAUUGACAGUCAACAGCUCAUCAAGAUUAGAGGAAAGAACUCCAAGCCUGUGCCAAUUCUUGUACCAGAGGAUGUUGUUGCUGUCCUGGAGUACAUUGUAUCAGCAAAUGUUAGAAGAAAUGCUGGCGUGAAGACGUGGAACAAAUACGUUUUUGCAAACGCAGGUGAAGGUGUCUUCAGGGCAUAUGACUCGCUGAAGACAGUAUGUAGUGAGAUAUCGUUAUCAGCACCCGAGAGAAUUACUAGUGUUUCCAUGCGGAAGUAUAUUGCCACACUCAGUCAAGUCAUUGACAUGAAGGAGCAUGAACUUGAAUGGCUGUGUGGUCAUUUAGGUCACACAGCUAAUAUACACAAGCUUCAUUACAGAGCUACAAGUGGCUUCAUUGAACGUGUGAAUAUUGGCAAACUAAUGCUUCUUCAAGAUUUGAAUGUUGCUGGACAGUUCGCUGGUAAAAGGCUCCAAGACAUCGAUAUUGUUGAUGUUGUCAAAGGAACCUCCUCAUCAGCCCAAAGACUUGAACCAGAAAAUACAGGAAGAUUAGAUGAAGACGUGUUUGAAGAUGACAAUGUACCCAGAAAAAAAAAGGCUGCUAGUACCAGGCAGGCAUGGAGCAAAGACGAAGAGGAGGAAUUGAGGAAACUCUUCAAAAAAAACUUUGACACAAGGACCUAUCCAGGUCUCAAAGACUGCAAUAGAGCAAUCCAUAACAGUAGAACGAGCAGUGGAUUAAUUCACAAAAGAAAUUGGGAAACCAUCAAGAAAAAAGUUAUCCGCAUGGUCAAAGCACAUAAAUGACUUGGAACUAGUGCCAUCUGCUAGUAAAUAGACUUACAUGUCUCAAAACAAAGACGUUGGAAGUUCUUGGGGGGGGGGGGGGGGGGGGGGAUAUUUUGUUUGAUUGUUUAAUUGUUAAAAUUUGGGUAGUAUGACAUGAUUGUCAAUGGUUCAAAACUAAUAACUUAGGACAGACAAUGGAGAUAUAAUGAUUGAAAUUAGCGAGUUAUAUGGACACUUGUUAUGUGAUGUGUUUUGUCAAAGGCUUAAGUGAUUUGACUUGAUGGAAACAGAAUUAGAAAAUCAAUGAAUUCAGGUACUUGCUAGGACAAGUCUUUUAUGGCAAUUUGAUUUAGAAAAUCAAUGAAUUCAGGUACUUGCUAGGACAAGUCUUUUAUGGCAAUUUGUCCUAAGUUUUUGAUGGUAUAACAUGCUGGAAAUAGACUUGCAAAAUUGCAAAAUCAGAUAUUUUUGCUGAUAACUUUGACCAACCAAACAGUGAAGUGUUAAAUUAUUCCUGUCAUACCAGAUGCCCAAAAUCAUUAUUGGUGUUGAUGUAGAUUGGAACCUUGUUUCUAUAAAGCUAAUUGAUUUUUAUUUUGUGAAGAACAUCGGAUUGAAUGUUUAAGCCAAGAAUAUUUGCUGAUCUGUUAUUUGGUAGCAAUAUUUUUAAAAACUGCAGGCCAUACUUAGGGAGAUUGAUUAUUUUUCAAAAUAUGGUAUCAAGGUUUAUUAUGAAGAAAAAAUAAUUCAGUUAAAAUUGUAUUGAGUUUACUUUAAUAAUCAUUUGUCCAUAAGAUAUGUGGAUAAUUUUUUCCAAAGCUGCGAUAGUAGACAUGAUAAAAAUAGAUGUAAAAUUGAUUGAAGUUAGCUUAAUGCUUAGACACAUCUCGUGUGGUAAUUUGUCAUUUUAUUUAAUUAAGUGACCAGAUGUAAACAGAUUUUAAAAAAUUGAAGUGGUACACCUUUAAUUCAGAUCUAGAAAAGUAGUAUUUUUAGUUCCUGAGAUAGAUAUUGAUUUGAAGUCGAAAGCCUAGAGAUGGUGAUUGAAAAUUGUAUUUGAUGCAUUAAUUUUAUUGCUCUUUCUUCAGGUGUAUUGCAUUCUGAAGAUGGUGUCAUUUAAACAUACUAGGUUAAAAGUGUGAACUAUUCAUGUGCUUGGAUGAUAUUUGAGCUAAUUGUAAGUAAAAAUAUUGUUUUUUGAUGAUAAUUAGCUAUAUGAAUGUCAAUGAAUUGGAUAUUUACAUUUCAUACUAUAAAGCAUAUACAUGCAUAUUCGAAAAAAAUUGCAUCAGUAUUAGAACAUGAAGAAAGAGCAAAUAUCUGUUUCAUUUUGUUCAUUGCCUAAUAAAUAGUUUGACAUGAUAGAUCAAUGUACAUGUAAAAAACAACGUUUUUACAUACAUUUUGUUCGAAGACAAGAUGGUAAGAUAUUUUUGAUACUUUUUUGUUAUUCUUAUGUGAUAUUUGGUAUAUGGAUAGAUGCGUAAAAAUUACUGGUAUUCCAUGCAUAUUUCCUGAUGUUGGCCUUUCUUAAGAUAAUCUCGAUGUUUCUUUUAAUUCAUCUCUAUAUGGACUGCAGAAGAAAACUGGGUUACAGGUUGAUGUUAUCAGGUGUGCUGAUUUGAACAGUGCUCAAGGAAAAACUUUAUGUGAUUCUGUCCUAUGCUUGGUCAUGUUAUUUCAUGAUGGCAUUAUGCCAUGAAAGUUUUUUUUGUGCUUUUGAAUGAGAAAUGCAAGAUAAUUGCACAAUAAAGUUAUUUUAAAAACUA